UGGAUCUAUCUGCACCAAAAAAAGAGUUUUAAUUUUUCCCAAAAACAAGGACAAGUAGGGAAGAGAACAUGGAGCUGACUGAAGGUCCUUAUGAGUACUACGACUACGAUGAGGCAGAUAACUCCACCAUGUGUGACUACUCCGAGUGGACACCGUCGUACUCCGUUAUCCCGGUGCUGUACAUGCUCAUUUUCAUCCUCGGCCUCUCUGGAAACGGGGUGGUGAUCUUCACCGUGUGGAGAGCCCAGGGUAAGCGGAGAGCUGCUGACGUCUACAUCGGCAACCUGGCCUUGGCUGACCUCACCUUUGUGGUCACUCUGCCUCUGUGGGCCGUCUACACCGCCAUGGGCUACCACUGGCCCUUUGGAGUGGCCCUGUGCAAGAUCAGCAGCUACGUGGUCCUGCUCAACAUGUACGCCAGCGUCUUCUGCCUCACCUGCAUGAGCUUCGACCGCUACCUAGCCAUCGUCCACUCCUUGUCCAGCACCCAGCUGCGCACCCGUGGCCACAUGCAAGCCUCCCUGACAGCCAUCUGGAUGCUGUCCGGGAUUCUGGCUGCACCAACUCUGCUCUUCCGCACCACCAUACAUGAUCCAACCAGCAACCGCACAUCCUGCGCCAUGGACUUCAGCCUGGUGAUGACCAGGAAGGAUCAAGAGAACCUUUGGAUCGCAGGUCUCAGCAUCUCCUCCUCUGCUCUGGGCUUCCUUCUACCUUUCUUGGCGAUGAUGGUGUGCUACUGCUUCAUAGGCUGCACCGUCACCCGCCACUUCAACACCCUACGCAAAGAGGACCAGCGCAAAAGGAGGUUGCUGAAGAUCAUCACCACUCUGGUAGUAGUAUUCGCCGCCUGCUGGAUGCCCUUCCACGUCGUGAAGAGUGCCGAUGCUCUCUCCUACCUGGAGCUGUUUCCCGCCACCUGUGCCUUCCUGCGCUUCCUGCUGUUGGCUCACCCUUACGCCACCUGUCUGGCAUACGUCAACAGCUGCCUUAACCCCUUUCUGUACGCCUUCUUCGACCUGCGCUUCAGGUCCCAGUGUCUGUGCCUCCUGAACCUGAAGAAGUCCUUGCACGCGAGCCCCGUCAGCUCCCUGUCCUCGCAGAAGACGGAGGCGCAGUCUCUGGCCACGAAGGUUUGACGACAGCUGAGGACCCAGAGGCAUGCUGGGGAAGAGGUGAACAAUGCAGAACAAUGCAAGUAAAUCAAGACCGUACAGCGCUGGGUGCUUGAUCACAGUCUCUAUGACUCUGUGGACUACGAGGCGUUUGUCUGAAGACGACAGUCGAGUUUGUGGCAUCUGACCAAACUCCAGCUUCCCGUCUAGGAGCAGGGGUGCAUAUUUGAACUAUAUUACACAGGACCAAGCAUGAACAAGACUUUUUUGAUAAAGUGGAAUGUAUUUUAAAAGGAAGACACACUCAUGUGUUGAACUCCUGCGUCUGAAGUCCUGGUGAAGUGUGUUACUCAUGCAUUUGCCCCUGCCGUUCUUGUUUUCAUUUGUAAGCACUUGAGGUGUGAUAUCAUCCAGCUCUCCAGCUCAAACUGUAUCACAGCCAGCAGUGUUACGUGUGUGUGCAUGUAGAAAGGGUGUAGAGGUCAGUAAAAAGUGUUUGAGUCUGAUAAGAGUGUUGUAAGGAGAGACGGGGAUCGCGGGUGGAAGUGGGUGGGGGGGUGAGUGGGUCCCAGACAGAUAGACAGAUGGCAGCUGACAAAUGUUUUCAGGCUGGCGGAGGGCCCAAUUAAAAGGUGACUGCUUCGACAGUCUGCUGGUGUGUGAGUGUGAGUGUGUCUGUGCGUGUGAAGGAAUGACAAUGAAUUUGUUCCUGAAAAACACAUAAAAGCAUUUUGUGAAUACACAUCAUUUUUGAAUUGUUUAUGAUUUGUAAUUAAAAACAAAAGUGCUCUGAAAAACACAA